AUGCCCCGCUGCCUCGGGCUAGGCGGCUGCCGUAAAGCUGUCCGCUCGGCACGACGCGAGUCCCCGCUCUGCGCCGUCUCGGCUUCGCGAGCGCCACCGCCCACCGACGUGAGAGAGCAAAGUUCCCGGGCCGCGCUUCCUCCCAGCCGGGGCGCCGUCCCCUUCCGGGAGCCCGGGUCCCCGUAUAACUUCGCUCCUGUGACGUUUGACGACAUCACGGUGUACCUGCUCCAGGAGGAGUGGAUGCUGCUGAGUCAGCAGCAGCAGGAGAUCUGUGGUUCCAACAAGCUGGUGGCACCGCUGGGACCAACUGUUGCCAACCCUGAGCUGUUCUGUAAGUUUGGUCGAGGGUCAGAGCCAUGGCUAGGCAACAUCCAGGGCCAGAGGAGCCUCCUGGACCAUCACCCAGGAAAGAACCAGAUGGGCUACAUGGAAGAAAUGGGUGUGCAAAGUCCUGCCAGGGAGAGCGGACUGUACCUGCCACCUCAGAAGAAAGCCUGUCUUUCCCACUUCAGUAUGGAGAGUGGCAAUGUCGAGGGAGUCUGGACAGGAAGAAGCAAGAAACCCCUGAAGCCCCGGUCUAUCCAGAAGUCAUGGUUUGCACAGUUUCCAUGGUUGAUCGUGAACGAGGACCAGACAGCUCUGUUUUGCGCUGCUUGUCGAGAAUACCCAUCUGUCAGGGACAAACGGUCCAGACUAAUAGAAGGUUACACUGGACCAUUCAAGGUGGAGACUCUCAAGUACCAUGCCAAGAGCAAAGCUCACAUGUUCUGUGUCAAUGCCUUGGCGGCUCGGGACCCCAUCUGGGCCGCCCGGGUCCAGAGUGUCAGAGACAUGUCUGGAGAUGCACUGGCCAGCCCGGAGCACCUCUUUACUGCAGAGUAUCCUAUAUUCUACCCCCCAGGACCUCUGGGAGAGUUUGAUAACAUGGCCAAGCUCCAGCCAAGCUCAAGAACUGAACUGGAGGACCCUGGGGGGAAUGGAACAAUUCCUGCCUUGUAUCUAGACUGCAUUUCAGAUUGGAAGCAAAAAGAAAUUGCUGAUGACAUCCACAGCUCUUCAAACAAGAACAUUUUAUGUGAUGAUGCUCUUGAAUGUUGCAAUCAGGACCCUUAUGAAGAGGGGCUGUUGGAGGAGGUUCCAGUGGUGUUUGAGGAGCUCCCAGUGGUGUUUGAGGAUGUGGCGUUGUAUUUCACCCGGGAGGAGUGGGGCAUGCUAGACAAGCGACAGAAGGAGCUGUACCAAGAUGUGAUGCGGAUGAAUUAUGAGCUGUUGGCAUCCCUGGGGCCUGCUGCUGCCAAACCAGACUUGAUCUCAAAACUGGAACGGAGAGCUGCACCCUGGAUCAAGGACCCAAAUGGGCCAAAGUGGGGGAAAGGUCAUCCUUCAGGGAAAAUGAAAAUGGUGGAAGUAAGAGAGGGAGACACACAAGCCUCGGCUGUAGAAUCUGCGUUACUUCCACCUCCUUCUGUGGAGACAUGUACUGCCUACUGCCAUUCCAGCAUUUGUGAAAUAGAAGUAGAUGGACCUAGGAAACUCAAGAGGACGUACAGACCCCGUUCAAUUCAGAGGUCAUGGUUUGGGCAGUUCCCAUGGUUAGUUAUUGACCCAAAAGAGACCAAGCUCUUCUGCUCAGCUUGUAAGGAAAGACCUAAUCUCCACGACAAAUCAUCUCGGUUAGUCAGAGGUUAUACUGGACCUUUUAAAGUGGAGACUUUAAAAUACCACGAAGUCAGCAAAGCACAUAAGCUCUGUGUCAACACUGUUGAAAUCAAGGAAGACACCCCUCAGACUGCCCUUGUCCCAGAGAUCUCCAGCGACCUCAUGGCAAACAUGGAACACUUUUUCAAUGCUGCCUACUCCAUUGCGUACCACUCGAGGCCCCUGAAUGACUUUGAGAAGAUCCUGCAACUCCUCCAGAGCACUGGGACCAUGAUUUUAGGUAAGUACCGAAAUCGCACGGCAUGCACGCAGUUCAUCAAAUACAUCUCUGAGACUCUGAAGAAAGAGAUCCUUGACGAUAUCCGGAAAUCCCCCUGCAUGAGUGUGUUGUUGGACAGCUCCACGGACACCACCGAACAGUCCUGUGUGGGGAUUUACAUCCGCUACUUAAAGAAGAUGGAGGUGAAAGAGUCCUAUAUCACUCUGGCCCCUCUCUACAGUGAGACUACUGUGGAUGGAUACUUUGAGACCAUCAUUUCUGCCCUGGAUGAGCUGGACAUCCCUUUCCGGAAGCCAGGCUGGGUGGUGGGCCUGGGAACCGAUGGCUCAGCCAUACUGAGCUGCAGAGGUGGCCUUGUGGAAAAGUUCCAGGAGAUCAUCCCCCGGCUGCUGCCUGUGCACUGUGUGGCUCACCGGCUGCACCUGGCUGUGGUGGACGCAUGCGGGAGCAUCGACCUGGUGAAGAAGUGUGACCGGCACAUCCGAACUGUCUUCAAGCUUUAUCAGUCGUCAAAUAGAAGGCUGAACGAGCUACAGGCAGGUGCAGCUGCUCUGGAGCAGGAGAUUAUCCGUCUGAAGGACCUGAAUGCCAUCAGCUGGGUGGCCAGUAAGAGACGCACGCUAAACGCGCUCGUUGCAAGCUGGCCUGCCCUGGCCAGGCACCUCCAGAGUGUGGCGGAGGCAGGUGGCCAGAGUGGGCACAGGGCCAAGGGCAUGCUGAAGCUGAUGAAGGGCUUCCAUUUCAUCAAGUUCUGCCACUUCCUUUUGGAUUUCCUGAGCAUCUAUAGGCCUUUGUCUGAGGUGUGCCAGAAGGAGAUCGUGCUGAUCACAGAGGUGACCUCCACGCUGGCACGGGCCUACGUUGCACUGGAGACCCUCCGCUACCAGGCAGGGCCCAAAGAGGAAGAAUUCAAUGCUAGCUUCAAGGAUGGGCAGCUCCAUGGCAUCUUCUUGGAGAGAAUGGAGAUGGCAGAACAGCGGUUCCAGGCAGACAGGGAGAGAGUGAUCCUGACAGGCAUCGAGUACCUGCAGCAGAGGUUCGACAUGGCCCGUCCUCCGCAGCUCAGGAACAUGGAGGUGUUUGACACCAUGGCCUGGCCAAGUGGGAUUGAACUUCGCAGUUUCGGGAAUGAUGAUAUUCUCACCCUUGCCAGGUAUUUUGAGCUCUCCCUCCCCUCGGGAUACAGUGAGGAAGCCCUGCUGCAGGAGUGGCUGGGCCUGAAAGCCAUCGCCCAGCACCUGCCAUUCUCCAUGCUGUGCAAGAAUGCCCUGGCCCAGCACUACCGCUUCCCCCUGCUGAGCAAGCUCCUGGCUGUGGUGGUCUGUGUGCCCAUCUCCACCUCCUGCUGUGGACGGGGGUUCAAGGCUAUGAACCGGAUCAGGACCGAUGAGAGGACCAAGCUCUCCAAUGAGGUGCUCAACAUGCUCAUGAUGACAGCAGUGAAUGGCGUGGCUGUCACAGAGUACAACCCCCAGCCCGCCAUCCAGCACUGGUACCUGACCUCCUCAGGCCGGCGGUUUAGCCACGUGUAUGCCUGUGCCCAGGUGCCAGCCCGCUCCCACACAAGUAAGACACAUGGCGGAGUCCCUGGAUGUGUGGCACUCAGGAAGGAGGAGAUGGGCACACUGUACACGGAGGGGUCCGUGACCCAGGAGCUGGCCAUCCCACCCUCCAGGGAUGGCAUCAUGGAGCCUCCCGAGAGAUUCCUAUACCCCUGCCCCAGCCAUGAGGCCCCCAAGCUGUCCUGAGGGAGAGGAGUUCUUGGGACUUCCUUGGAGACCCCCAUGGGGCCCUGCCCUGUGAUCAUGGGGAUGCCUGCAGAGUCUAGGCUGCCCUGGAAUCUUCCUUUGGUGGGUGGGGAUGUGCUCUAAGCACAGGGACUGGGCAGUGACAAGACAGUGGAAGCCUGCAUCCCAGGGGACAGGAGAACUAGGAGGCAACAGCUCCUCACUGGUGCCCUCUUAGCACAGCAUGCCUCACUGCACUGAAUCUGCCAGAAAGCUUCCAUCUCCAGCUCAUUCUUACGGGGCUGCAGAAAUAAUCUCCUCUUGAAAGAUUUCACCCCAUGUUCUGGUGGCAAGAGUACUUUUCUAAGGUGGGAGACUGUUGGAGGUAGGAGCUUAAAGGAGCACUCCAGCCCUCUGGAUGUCCCUGAGUGGCCAGGGGGAAAGGCCACUUUGUUAGGGGGAGAGGAUGACCAUGCUCCAGGGACAGCUGGCCUGGCUAGAAAGCUCCUGGGAAUUAUUGUUCUGUGACCUCUCAUCUGGCUCCUGCAGCAGAAGCAGGGAGGCCUCCAUCAGGUGGGGAAGUCACAUCUGAGAAUAUCUCUUCUCCUCCUGGGGCUUCCUCUAGGAUGAAACAAAAAUGCUUUGUGCAGCCCACCCAAGAAAGGUUGUCUUCCUGCAGCUCCCGGACGGGGAUACAUGCUUUUCCUGGAAGGGAGUCUCAUGGUCCCUGCCCUAGAGCACAUGUCUUUGCC